GAUAACAAAUCAAACGGCACAUUUUGAGACACAAUCAAUCUUCUAGGUCAUCCGCACUCAAUUACUAACCGAUUCUUCAACACAAGAUGUGUAACGAUACCUUGAUUAUGUGAUCUGUUUACACAGGACGAUACUGGAAUAGAAUUAUCGAUACCGUGUAUCGAAGCAAGACCAGACGAUGAGGAGCUGUGUGUUUCUGCUGGCCUUAGUGACGUCAUGGACGGGCGUCACCCAGUGCACCCCACUCGACGAUUACGUCAACAAGUUCGACCCCCACUACUCCUACACCCUCAUCUCUAAGACGGAGGGACCGGACUUUUCCCUCCACGUCCUCAACAUGACGUCACAGAAAUGGCUGGACGAGACGGUGACCAAGAAGCCGAUCUGGUGGCACUACCUGAGCGUCAUCAUCCCAAAAAAUCUGGACUACACUGACACUGGAUUCCUGUGGAUUGACCAGGGUCACAACACGGACAAACCGCCCACCAUAGCAGACGACUUUGUGGCUGGCAUCACCAUCCUGGCAGUUAACAUUCGCGCCGUGUGUGCCACCAUCAAACAGAUCCCCAACCAGCCGACGGUUUUCUGGGCUGACCCCACCCUGAUGAACAGGACCGAGGACGCCGUCAUAGCCUGGACGUGGCGGGAAUUUCUCUCCAACGGUUCCAACCCAGAGAUUCUGUUACGUCUGCCAAUGACCAAGGCCGUCGUUCGAGGAUUUGAUACAGUUUCGGCCUACAUGAAGAUCAUUGCAGGAAUCGACAUCCAGAAGUUUGUGGUGGCUGGGGCGUCUAAGCGUGGCUGGACCACAUGGACCACAGCAGCCGUGGACAAGCGGGUUAUCGGCAUGGUUCCGUGUGUCAUGGACUUGCUCAACUUCCAGAAGAACCUCCACCACCACUACCGGUCACUGGGAGGUUGGACCUUCGCCUUUGACUCCUACUACAGCCUCAACAUCACCAAAGAUCUGGACAGCCCCAACAUACCAAAGAUGCAGGCAGUCAUUGAUCCCAUUUCCUACAACGAGAGAUACACCAUGCCCAAGAUGGUGGUGACUACAGGUGGUGACGAGUUCUUUAUACCUGACGACUCCCAUUACUACUGGGACCAGCUUCAGGGACCAAAGUUCCUCAGGAUAACACCAAACGCUGAACACUCAAUCGUGGGACAUUUGAUGAGCACCAUACUAGCCAUACAAGGGUUCUUCUUCCACGUCGUAGAGAAGGCUACCUUUCCCACGCUCACCUGGACUCGAUCCCAGAACAACACUUCUGGCACCAUCGUCGUGACGACAUCGGUCCCUCCCAGGGAGGUGACGGUGUACUACGCCCAAACACUGGACAACAAAAGGCGGGACUUCCGGUUAUUCACCGCAGACCCCCAGACUGGCAAAGCUUUAUUCCAUCCGGUCAUUUGGUUCAGCAAACAAGCAACACGACUCAGCCUAAAUCAGUACCAGGCAACAGUUGAACGACCGUCUUAUGGCUGGGCAGCUUUCUUUAUUCAGUUGAAGUUUGACGGACUGAAAGGAUCGACCUUGGAGUUCACGACGGAAGCCAACAUCGUGCCUGACGAGUUUCCGUUUCCGGAUUGUUCUGGCCAAUCGUGUCGCGGGACACUGGUCUGAUAGUCGCAGGCACUGUCAGGUGUCACUGCCUGAUGUCAAUGUCAGAUGACAACUGUCACCUAUCUGUCAGUUUGAUGAAAGGCUUACACCUAAAUAAAACAGUAUUAUUAUUCACUAAGAUAUGCACCUUUAUCAAUAUAUAUAGUUUACCUAAACUUUAUUAUUUCUAUCAUUACAUGUUAUGAAAUACGUUAGCCAGGUUUUGAUGUCAAGGCCUGGCAACUCAAGUUGUUUACACGAAUGUUGUCUUCAUAAUUUCUUGUUGUUGGCUCAGGCUUAUUAAUAAAACUAAAU